CGUGGUAAAUCUGUUCCAAAGCGCGUCCGUACGCUCACGCGUUUCUGGUGUUUAAUCGCCAGCAGCCAACAACAACCAGUCUCUCUUGAGACGUUGUGGAGAAAGGAUUGUGUUUUAUAAAUGUGCACAUCUGCCGAGUGACGAUAUUUCUCCACAAUGUGGCGAUUGUGUUUGAUUUUUCUCACACUAGGACUCACCAUCAUUGACGCACAAAGACGGAAUUAUUCACAAUUCCCUUGCCCUUCGAGAUGUGUCUGCUUCAGGAGAACAGUGAGAUGCAUGCAACUGGAGCUGACCGAAGUCCCAAAAGCACCACUGCCCACAGUCAUGCUAGACCUGCGUUUUAACAAGAUUAGAGACAUCGUUCCUGGCAGUUUUAAAGGCCAUAAGGCCCUUCGUUCUCUACUACUUAAUAACAACUCGCUGAAAAGUCUGAAAAAUGGGAUUUUCACCGGUCUUGUGCAACUUCGACACUUGUAUCUUUACAAAAAUCGGAUAAAGUAUAUCGAAGAUGAAGUCUUUCACGGACUACCUAAACUAGAACAUUUAUACUUGCACAAUAACGAGCUGGAAGAAUUCAAAAGCGGAACUUUUUCGAACAUUCCGCAGCUGGACAGACUCUUCCUUUACAACAACCACAUAAGUCAUAUCCCAGCAGGAGCUUUCCAGAACCUCCCAAAACUCACUCGUUUACGUCUGGACCAAAACGCCCUAGUCUGCGAUUGUCGAAUCGCCUGGUUCGCAAAAAUGCUAAACGACAACACAAUUCACGUCGCUGCUAAUUGUCGGUACCCCCAUGAAAUGUACGGGAAGCCCCUCAAAGGGAUGACCACGCGCGAUUUUCAUUGUAAAGCGCCAGAGAUCAUGGAGGGCCCACAAGACGUUGAAAUCUCGUGGGGAAGCACCGCUGUUUUCACUUGCAGGGUGACAGGCGACCCCAAGCCGUCCAUUUAUUGGAUGCGUGACGACAAAGAGAUUGAGAUGAAUAACGACAAGUAUGACAUUAUGGACAACGGCUCGUUGGUGAUCAAACACACUGAUGAGAGCGAUAGCGGGCAUUAUGAGUGUAUGGCUAAGAAUGAGGACGGUGAGGUCAAGUCUAGACCUGCGAGGAUGAUUCUGGUACGGCCAGAUCAACAGUUCCGGGGGGGAAAUGGUAGUCCGGUGUUUCUUGUAACUCCAGUCAGUGUUACAACGAGUGAGUCAGACCCUUCGGUUAGUUUACAUUGCAAGGCUUUUGGUAAUCCACAUCCUACCAUAACAUGGUCUCGGAAUGGGAUACAACUGACGACAUCUCAGAGACAUUUUAUCGAUGAAGAUGGGACUUUGGUAAUUCGACCAGUUAAAGCAAGUGACCAUGGUACUUACCGGUGCGAUGCUACCAAUUCCAAUGGGAGGAUAAGCUCAGAAGCGGAUGUGAUAGUAAAUGUCGCCCCAGUCUUCACCGUCCACCCCCAAAACACCGAAACCACCCCCGGCUCCACCAUCAAACUCGAAUGCUUCGCUGUCGGCUCCCCCCCACCCGAAAUCACCUGGUUCAAAGACGACCUGGAAGUCCGCUCCGACGGCCGCCUUUCCAUCUCCCCAGACGGAAGCUCCCUACAAAUCCACAACGCCAAAGAAACCGACUCAGGCCUCUACAUAUGCGAAGCCCGCAACCACCUCGGCUUCCGCGAAGUCAGCGCCAAAGUCAAAGUCACCCCACUCGCCCGCAAACCGCCAAAAUUCAUAUACAAACCCUACAACAUCGAAGCCCUGGUCGGAAGCACCAUUGAAUUACCCUGUAAAGCAGACGGCGAUCCCACACCCGGAAUCCAAUGGCAGAAAGAUGGGGCUAGUUUGCAGCGAACUGGACGAACCAAAGUCUCACUGAUUGGGAACUUGUACAUCUAUGGAGUUGUUCCAGACGACCAAGGACGCUAUGAAUGUGCUGCCAUUAACGAUUUUGGUCGAAGUACGGCUUCCUGUUAUGUCACAGUUAAGGAAAACCAGAACCCGACUGAUUUCGGUAUUGGGGACAAGUUUGUCAAAAUCGCCUUUGACGAAGCUUCCCAUGAAGUGGACAAGGCCAUUAACAAGACCAUUGAUAAUUUGUUUCACAACAAGGGACCACAUUCUUCCGCCGAUUUGUUCCGACUUGUUCGUUUCCCAGACGCCCCAGCGCGUGAAUUAGCACGGGCUGCCGAAGUCUACGAACGCACUUUAGUCAACAUUCGUAAACACGUCGAACGUGGGAUGACAAUGAACGCCAGUUCCAAUUUCAACUACCGGGAGAUUCUCUCCCCUGAUCACUUGAACCUAGUGGCGGAAUUGUCCGGUUGUAUGACCCACAGACUGGCCCGCAAUUGCUCAGACAUGUGUUUCCACUCAAAAUACCGUACCAUUGAUGGUACUUGCAACAACUUGCAGCACCCCAUGUGGGGGGCGUCCCUGACCGGCUUCCGCCGAAUAUUAAAGCCAAUCUACGAGAAUGGUUUCAGUACCCCAGUUGGUUGGAACAAAGGGGUUAAAUAUUACGGGUUCCCCAAGCCCAGCUCCCGGUUGGUUUCAACCACGCUGAUCGCCACCAAGCGAACGACCCCUGACGGGGAAAUCACCCACAUGGUCAUGCAAUGGGGGCAGUUCCUCGACCAUGAUUUAGACCAUGCCAUACCAUCGGUAAGUUCCGAAAGCUGGGACGGAAUCGAUUGUAAGAAAUCGUGCGAUUACGCCGCCCCUUGCUACCCCAUGGACGUCCCCCCCAACGACCCCCGGGUCACCAACCGACGCUGCAUCGAUUUCAUCCGAUCUUCGGCGAUUUGUGGCUCGGGCAUGACGUCCGUCUUCUUCGACAACAUCCAACACCGGGAGCAAAUCAACCAACUGACUUCGUACAUUGACGCCUCCCAAGUGUACGGUUUUUCCGAAGAGUUGGCCCGAGAUUUGCGCGACUUGAACAGUGACGGUGGCCGGCUCCGUGAAGGCCCCAUUUUCCCCAACCGCAAACCCCUGUUACCCUACGCCGGGAACCAGGGGGUUGACUGCCGCAGAAACUUGUCCGAAAGCACGAUCAAUUGCUUCGUCGCUGGUGAUAUUCGCGCAAAUGAGCAAGCUGGCCUUAUCGCCAUGCAUACGCUAUGGAUGCGGGAGCACAACCGAGUGGCCCGUGAGUUGAAACAACUCAACCCGCAGUGGAACAGUGAUACGGUCUACCACGAGUCCCGCAAAAUCAUAGGUGCGGCCAUGCAACACCUAACUUACCAGCACUGGCUCAGGUUUAUAAUAGGCGAGGAAGGGAUGCAACUUUUGGGCGAAUAUAAGGGUUACGACCCGACUGUUAACCCCAGCAUUUCCAAUGUUUUUGCAACGGCGGCGCUCCGGUUCGGGCACACGCUCAUUAACCCGGUCCUGCACCGCCUGGACUGGGACUUUAAACCGAUCCGUGAAGGCCACUUGCCGCUCCACAAGGCAUUUUUCUCCCCCUGGCGCAUUGUGGACGAGGGUGGCAUUGACCCCUUAUUAAGGGGGCUAUUCACGGUCCCAGCCAAGAUCAAAAAACCCGACGAGAAUUUAAACACCGCUCUCACGGAACAACUCUUCGAGACGGCACAUGCCGUAGCUUUGGACCUUGCAGCUAUGAACAUCCACCGGUCCAGAGACCACGCAAUCCCCGGCUAUAUCGAGUUCCGCAAAUUCUGCAACAUGACCCAAGUUGAUAGUUUCGAGGACCUGACGGGCGAAAUCACAGAUCGUUCCGUUUUGCGCAAGUUGCAGGAUUUGUACGGGCAUCCGGGGAACAUCGAUGUGUGGGUCGGGGGUGUGCUGGAGGACCCGGUGAAAGGGGGCCGUGUCGGGCCGCUUUUCCGGUGUCUUUUAAUCGAGCAGUUUAGGAGGUUGAGGGACGGGGAUCGGUUUUAUUACGAGAACCCGUCCGUUUUUAAGCCGGAACAGUUGGUUCAAAUCAAGCAGUAUUCCCUGAGUCGGGUCUUGUGCGAUAAUGGGGAUAAUAUCACCCGGGUUUCCAAAAACGCGUUUGUUUUGCCUGAGUUGCAAGGGGGGUUCAGUCAAUGUGAGGAGAUACCGAGGGUUGAUUUGAGUGUGUGGUCGGAGUGUUGUAGCGAUUGUCGGUAUUCGGGUCAGUUGAAUACUAUUAGUAGGUUGAAUGCCAGGAAUAGGCGGCAUUUGGAUGAAGGGUUUGCGAAUUCGACGCUGAAGGACGGGUAUUUUGAGGAGAAUCGAAAGUUGAAGAAGAGGAUUGUUAGGAUGGAGAAGGAUUUGACUAGUAUGAAGGAUACGAUACAGGAGUUGGAGAGAGUUAUUAGGAAGUUGGAGAGGGAGAAUUAAGUGAGAAUAUUUUUAGUAAUCGCUGCCAUCGUUUCGCUGUUAAGUCUAGAGUUAAUUUUUAGCACUGUACUGCCAGGUUUACUUAAAUUUCACCUAAAUUUACGCAUUUAUUUUCUUGUGAUAAACUAACAAUACGUACCUACCUAAUCGAAUUGUUGUAAAAAUACAUAAAUAAAAAAUAAAUUAAGAAA